GCUAUACAGACCGUCUAUACUCUUAUACUAAAACACGACAAUACCACUUUUUUCCAUAUGGACUUAUGGAGUAUUAUUGUAUAAUAAACAGCCAAGAAAAUGAAGCAUGAAAAUUUUUAUUUUUUAGGCUUUCGGGAUGCAGGAAAGUUGAUUCCUUGAUUUCUGACAGCCAGGAAAAAAAAAGGGCGGGGGGUCGUUAAAAAAUCCUUGAAAGUAAGCAAAAAAAAAAAAAGCCAACUUGGAACCCGACCUUUUCCGCUAUCUUGCUUUAUUAUAUACAUAUCUUUUCCUUCCUUUUAAUUGCGUUUUUGCCUACAAAUUUAACAACUUCUACAGCAAAGAAUGCAGUUCUUCUUAUCCAGAUAGGCUCGGUAACAGAGAUAAGCGUUACUGUCGAUAUGGGUAAUUGCUGGGGAUCUUCUGAUCGAGAUAAUAGUCACUGCCACAGAUCCACCAACAUUCCUACUACCCCAGGUACAUCAAAUAACUGCAGCAACAACCUAGAAUUUUCAGCAACUAGCAGUGCUAGCAAUUGCAGGAGUCAAUUUUCAGAGGCAGUAAGUGAAAUUGUGGAGGAGGGAAGCCCAGAUGGUCGGAUCCUGGAAACACCAGAUUUGAAAGUCUUCACUUUUGCAGAGCUGAAGACUGCAACCAAGAACUUCAAAGGUGAUACACUGUUGGGUGAAGGGGGUUUUGGUAAAGUUUACAAAGGUUGGGUUGAUGAAAAAACUUUAACACCCUCCAAGAUUGGCUCUGGAAUGAUUGUUGCGAUCAAGAAAUUGAAGCAUGAAAGUAUUCAAGGUUUUGAGGAGUGGCAGUCAGAGGUGAACUUUCUAGGAAGGUUAUCUCAUCCCUAUUUGGUGAAGUUGUUGGGAUACUGUUGGGAGGAUGAAGAACUGCUCCUUGUUUAUGAGUUCAUGCAAAAAGGAAGCUUGGAAAGUCAUCUAUUCAGACGAAAUCCAGCAAUUCAACCAUUAUCUUGGGAAUUAAGGCUUAAAAUUGCCAUUGGAGCAGCUAAAGGUCUAGCUUUUUUACAUACUUCUGAGAAAGUUAUUUAUCGAGAUUUCAAGGCCUCUAAUAUAUUGCUUGAUGGGAACUACAAUGCAAAAAUAUCAGAUUUUGGCUUGGCCAAAUUGGGGCCUGCUGGUGCAGAGUCACACGUAACAACCAGGGUCAUGGGAACAUAUGGUUAUGCUGCGCCUGAAUACAUUGCAACAGGCCAUUUAUAUGUGAAGAGUGAUGUGUAUGGGUUUGGUGUCGUUUUGCUUGAGAUGAUGACUGGCUUGCGAGCAUUUGAUACAAAGCGACCAGAUGGGCAGCAAAAUUUGGUUGAUUGGCUUAAACCAACUCUGUCUCAGAAAAGAAAGUUGAAAACCAUAAUGGAUGCACGGAUUGAGGGCCAGUAUUUGUCCAAGGCGGCAAUACAGUCAGCCGAGCUCACUCUGAAAUGUCUAGAGCACGAUCCUAAAAACCGUCCAUCCAUGAAACAAGUUGUGGAAGCAUUGGAACGGAUUGAAUCACUUAAUAAGGAAAAAUCAAAGGACGACUCUAAAUCUGGUUUUAUUCAUUCUUCAAGUACCCCUCGGCAGGGCCAACAAUAUUCUACUCCUCGACGUUCCCCGCUUCACUCAAGGCAACAUGGCGCUUGAGCAUGAGCUACAAACUAUCAACCCGCGGUCAAGCUCUAAGUAAUAAAACUCGGGCUCAAGAUCCUGCACUCUGUGUGUGUGGUUUUUUUGGCAUAUAUAUAUAUAUAUGUUUCUUAUGGGCGUUGGUGAAUUUUUAAUUAAUAUAAUAAAAAGAUCAUGAUUCUUUCAGAGAUUUCUCCAUAUAUCUUUAACAAAAUUUCUAAUCGCAGUCUUCAUUUUGGUCACUAGUUACAAUGAUCAUGUAUUUUGUAAUGUAAAUGUUGAAUAGAUUUAACAAGUUUGUGGGGCUUUCUUGUCGUAUCUAGUUUGAUUUCCAUCUUAAUUUUGCAGCAUUUGAUGUUAUUGUUUGAUUUCCAUCUUAACGUUGAAUAGAUUGAACGAGGAGAUCGUGUUCUUUUGUUCCUCCUUAAUGUUUUUUACUGAGCAGAAAUCAAGCAAAAAUGGUGAGAGGAGGUGAAGAUGGAAAAGGGCAUGAAAGUCUUGCUGGUAUGAACUGAGGCUGAGAGAGAGAAAAAGGUCAACAUGCAGAUCACAAAGAGCAAGGAUAUAAUCAAAUCAAAUAUUAAU